AUGUAUCAUCUCCCGCUGUUCAUGUUACUCGUGACAAUGUCACUUGUAGCGGUCCACGGUCAAAGCACAACAGUCUGCACAGAUUCGAGGAUCAUGCAUAGAUUCGUUACGAUUGAUUACGAGUGGCCGAAUCGUACAGCUAAGGACUCCGCCAUCGCCAACGAAGAAUAUAUAGUAAACAACAACAUAAUCAGUGGUAUGAAAGUAUACGACGGCAAUGUAUAUGUCACAGUUCCAAGAUGGCGACGCGGGGUGCCUUCAACUUUAAACAAAAUAGUCGCCAGUAAUGGUGAGUCGAUUUUACAGGCGUUCCCCAGCUGGGAGAUGCAGAAGAUAGGAGAUUGCCGCGCCCUUCAAUAUGUCCAAAGUAUGGAGAUAGACCCAAACACUGGCUGGAUGUGGAUCAUCGAUACCGGCAGAAUCAACUUUUUCGCCGCUGAUGGAACAACCACACAAAAUCUCUGUCCUGCCAAAAUAAUUGUUUAUGAUAUUAAAAACAUGGUUGAAGUGACCCGAUAUGUAUUUCCCAACGAGGUUGCUGAUCGGCAAAUUACUUUUCUAAAUGACAUUGUUAUCCAGUAUGUGAACGAUGAAUCCCGAUACGCGUAUAUUUCCGAUGCUUUAGCUUUCCGAAUGGUAGUUUACGACCGACUUCUAAAUACCUCACACUAUUUUUCGCACCCAGCAUCAAUGGAACCAGAGUCCGGAAACGGAAAUAUCACCAUUUUAGGAGAAACUUUGCCCGUGUCCGCUGGUAUCAAUGGCAUGGCUUUAUCAAAAGACAUGCAGUACGUAUAUUAUGGUCCUGUUUCCGGUUUGAGUUUGUACCAAGUGCCUACAAGCGUUGCAUCACAACCUGGAGGAAACUUCGCAGGAUCUGUCAGAAAAGUUGGAAACAAGCCUUCUCAAGCAGCAGGUAUGGCAUAUAGUAAAAAUGACAAUCUGUAUUUUCCUGCUCUAGGCGAGAACGCCAUCUACAGAUGGGAUAUCAAACUAGACAUGACACUUCAGAACACGGACAUCAGUAAUGUGGAGAUGAACGCAUUAACGCGGGUUUUACAAGACGACCAAUGCAUGGUGUUUGUGGACAUAUUGAACUUCAAUAAUGACGGGUCAUUGUGGUUUUCUGUCAACAAACUUAAUAAGUUCCUCUUGACGUCCAUCGAUUUCACCGGAAGCAGUGGAGCUAACGUGCUUAUCUGGAAAGUUCCGAUUGGAGAGACUGGCUAUUUGGACCGCAGAGCUGCAACAACUGUUCCUCCUGUCACAGAUGAUGGCAUCAAUGGCGCUAGUACUACGUCCGGUCAAGGUUUGGUCGCCUUUACGUUUUUGACAUUUGCCAUGUCACUAGUCCUUACACGACGAUCCUAG